AUGUCUGUUGACUUGCGCAUCACAAGGCUGAAAAAAAACGGUGAGCAAUACUCUGGAAUGGGCGAAAAACCACCACAGCGAUUCCUGAUGGCGUACGUUCUUUUCCUUAGAGGAGACGAUGGAAAUUUUCAUGUAUUCAAAACAAUUUUGUGCUUUUUCCUUUUACAACUGGUUGCUUGCGAGUUAGACGUACACGGUUCAAGGAUGAGAUCACCAAAACGGGUGCAAGAUUUGAAUGCCGAUUUCAUCAUUGGCGGGUCAUUUCCAGUGUUUCUGAGUGAGAAAAAUGCCACGAAAUGCAACGGCAAUGACAAACGCUUUCAGCUCUUCAAAUCUGUACACGGAGAGACCGUUAACUGCUAUCGAAUGAACUUGUUCGGUUUAAUGUGGGUCGAAGCAAUGUUAUUUGCAAUUGAAGAGAUAAACAACAACUCGACAAUCUUGCCGAAUGUUACUUUAGGAUACGAUAUUCGGGAUAGCGCGAACGAGGUGCAGUUCGCGAUGAGCAACGCAUUAGACUUCUCAACUAAUCGAGAAGAGAUGUACAGAACUGAUGUCAAUACAAAUCGAUCCUGCUCUAACGCGUCCAUCGUCGCUGUCAUUGGUGGAGCUGGCUCAAAAAUAUCAAAAGCUGCAGCUUACGUACUCGGGGUAAAUUCCAUUCCGCAAAUCAGUUAUUCUUCCACGAGUCCUUCGCUCAGCAACAAAGCCAACUUUCCAUCGUUUCUCAGGACGAUCCCGCCCGAUUACAUCCAAGCACAGGUCAUGGCGGAUCUUGUCAGUUACUUCAACUGGAACUACGUAUCUACCAUAGCCACUGAUGAAGAUUACGGAAGAUUAGGAAUCGAAGCCUUUAAACGAGAAAUAAAGACGAGGAAUGUGUGUAUUUCUAUCGACGAAUUAUUCCAUCCCGACUACACCUUACCCGACACAAAAGCCCAGAUGUCGUCGAUCGUUAGCGCCUUAAAAGCGGACAAACUCGCCAAAGUUGUUGUGCUUUUUUGCGAGAUUCCAAACGCGCUUGCCCUUUUGGAAGAAGCGGAAAGGCAAGGUAUGGAAGGAAAAAUUUGGAUAGGAACGGAUUCGUGGGGAGACAAAAACUCCAUUUUAUCGUUCAGGGAUUCAUUAGUUGGUGGAAUGUUAGGAGUUGUACCGAGUAAAGGAAAUAUUAUGAGAUUUGAGGAGCAUAUGGCGCAGUUGACACCUGCUAAUACCGAACACAAUCCUUGGUUUAGAGAUUAUUGGCACGGAACGUACAGAUGUCGAGAAGAAAGAAUUGCACAUUUGAAAGAUGGUUUUAAUACUUCGGAAGAGGACCAGCAAAACAGCUCGCUUCACCGAGUGAAAUGCGAUGAAUUUUCGAAUGGCAAAGAGCUGCCAACUGCAGCGAAGCUAGAACUAAACAAGGCCGCAAAUGUCAUGGAUGCAGUUUAUUCUGUCGCUUUAGCUCUCGAUAAGAUAAUUAGGUGCAAAAAAGGACACGGCCUCUUAACAAAUGGUAGCUGUCCUAGUAUAACAAAUGGAGUUGAAGCAUCGGACGUCCUCACUUAUAUAAAAAAUAUAUCCUUUACCGGAAAGCUCGGUUUUCCAAUCGUAUUUGACAAAUAUGGGGACAUAAAAGGUAAGUCAUUUCUCUGUCAAUAGACAUUAACAUGUUUUAAAUACUUGAGAAACAAUAAGAGGCCUUUCGCUCGUUAACAUCGUUCGGCACAAAUUAAUUUAUCUUUGACACUAUUGAAUGGAGAUUUCAGCGCUACUUGUGCUUGUCGGACAUUAUGAGAAUUUAUCACAACGCAAACAAACAUGUCAAAAUGAGCUAAACUGGAAACUUUUAACGCGACCGCUGUUUAAAUAUUCAAUAGUCGAGUAUUGACAAAAACAUUGCCUCUGAAGGAUAAAAAUUCAUCUGAAAGGAAUCCAUCCUAAUCUAAUUUUUAAACAAUUGUAAAAAUUAGGAAAUGAGUGAGGCUGCGAACCUAAGACGAAUCUAAAUUUGAAUACGUUGAUUGAUUUACAAAAAAAUUAUGCGUAAACUCGAUCAAAGUGACUUUUCCUAUUUCGAAUUUUGUUCGUAUCAUAUUACAAAAUUUAUUCGUAUAUUUAAUAAACAAAGGGUUUCCAAAAGCUACCUCAGAAAUUCUACCUUAACAGGUGACAAGCGGACUUUUGCGGGCUUUUUUUUUUCUUCAGGCAAGAAGAGGAUUUUAUCGGUUUCAAAUUCUGUGAUAUAUUACCAUAUGAACAUGAUUUGGUGCCGUGGUAUCUAAUGAAAACAAGCAGAGCGAACAAUGAUAAUUUCACGUAUUUAAGCUUGCUUUCACCUUGUGUAUCAAGGACAUUUCACGAUCACAAAAGCUCCGCAUGAGCUAUAGAAAAGGAAAAAAAGGAACUACCCCUCAAUUUAAAUAAAUUGCGCAUGCUAUGAAACUCGUCAUCUCAAAUGGCUGACCAGUAUUUGUGCAAUUUUUUUCAUUUUUCGCGGCUUUUUAACCUACAAUAAACUCAGAAAAUCUCCUCCAAUUCAAAGAUCAAAUGAGAUGCUAGUCAAAACUAUUCAAAGGUCAAAAUGACAUUAUUCAAUAAAAUCCUCUUAUGUCCAAACUCACCUGGAGCCGUUUUUAAAAUCAGUGUCAAAUUUUAAUAAUCUUAAUGUUCCGUCAAAAGGCCUUUGUUUACUCAGUUUUAUCGAGACAACAACAGCCAUGUUCUUUAAGUAUUUUUGUCAGGUUUGACAGAAAGACAAGGUGUCAGCGAGGUAAGGGGUAAUCAAAACAAUACAAAACGAGAAAAAGUGAACUUUGAGGGCGUCUUUUACUUUAAUAAAUGUCCUGUUAUAUAGCUUCUUAUUUUUUGGGAAAAAACAAUGAAGCUACGAUUUAAUUUCGGACUUGAAUCAAACUCGGCUACAAUAUCUAGCCACUAAUUGGAUUUUAAGUCGUCAAAGUUAUAGGUAAACUACUACAGUUGUCACCUUAAUUGCACUUCUAGCAAACUACUUUCGUUUAAUUGCUUCCUUACAGCCCCCUCAUUUUCAGAAUUCCUUUAUUUGCUCGUUGUAAUUUGUUCGAUCACAAGCUGUUAUCAAAUUGUGUAGUUUCACCCUAACAUCAGCAUACAUAUUCUCCAUACUGUUCUCUAUACAUCUCCAAAGGUCCUGACAAGGAAAAUUUGUUUAACAAUCAUGAGCUUAUUUAGUUGGUGAUAUUUUUGAUUUAUUUUAACAGGUAACUAUUUGGUCAAGAGUUUACAGCCCGAUCCAGACUCUGCGCAUGGAAAAAAGUUUAUCACGCUGGGAACUUGGGAAUGGGCCACUCGCAAACUCCAUUUUCAUAAUAUCACAAACAUCACGUGGAACGGAUGGAAUCCCAGAGUGCCAUUCUCACGCUGCAGUUCAACGUGUGAGCCUGGGCACUACAAAGUCCAAGGCGACUCCAUAUGCUGCUGGAAGUGCGUUCAGUGCCCGUUUGGAAGCAUAACGAACAGAGAGGGUCAAUCACAAUGCAACAUCUGCCCGUUGGGUUUCACUUCUUCUGAAAAUCACACGAGAUGUUUGCAACUUCCAGAAGUGUACUUGGAAUGGGAUUCAACGACUGGAAGUGUUAUUUUAGCUCUCAGUGGCCUCGGGUUUUUGAGUACGAUUUUCACUCUUGGCGUGUUCCAUCGAUAUCGAAACAGCGCGAUCGUAAAAGCUUCCACAAGAGAAUACUCCCAGUUGAUUUUACUCAUGAUAGCAGGCAUUUUUCUUCUUCCUCUGCUACAUGUAGGAAGAGCCACCGACGUCAUUUGCAAAGCGCGCCCGUUCUGCUUUGCAUUUGUUAUCAACUUCUGGGCCUCGCUAAUGUUGACAAAAACCCGGCGUUUGUUACUCAUAUUCAAAAACAAAAUGCUCCCUGGUAAAUUCGGAUAUGGUAUUCGCUUGCAGCUCCUGUUUGCCGUUCUCCUGACUUUGCCAAUAAUGCUCGGCAUCGUACCAUGGGUGUGGUCAUUUCCGCCGGAAGUUACUGUGUACUAUUAUGACACACGCAUCUGUGUUGACUGCGGCGAAAUGGCGCGCAAACUGCUCAUGAUCGUAUUGGGUUACACCGCAGUUCUGGCUAUACCGUCGACGUAUCUGGCGUACAGAGCUCGUAAUUUGCCGGCGAAUUUCAACGAAACACGAUUGAUAGGAUUUACAAUGUUCACAGUAUGUGUGAUAUGGAUAGUCUUUGUACCCUGUUACUUCGACAGCAGUGCAGAAAACAAAAACGUUGUGUUUUGUUUCGCACUUAUUUCCACAGGUUUCGCGAUCCUCUUUUGCACGUUCUCCGUCCGGUUGCGGAUCAUUUUUUUCCAACCCGAGAAAAACAAAACCGAACUUGUACGGGCCAGUAUGUUUGAUUACACAAUGCGCGCGCGCAGUGGAUCGUUCGCUGCCCGGAAUCUUCGCCGAAUGUCAGUAGUGACCGUGGGUACAUUUUCCGUUCCAACAAAGGCUCAUUAA